UCAGAGCCCGAGCCCCGGCCCCCCGCGGGCUGUCCCUGCAGCCCGGGGAGGUUGGGCUGUGGCUGCGGCUCCCUUUGCUAUGGCUGUAACUGAAGACCCGUGAAGAAAGCGCCCUCGGUCCCGCCGCGCGCCUGCCCCGCGUUUCCAAUGCCGGUGCCCAGCAGGCCCCUGGACAUCGGGCGAUCGCAGAGCUGGCACGCCGCCGGCUGGUACGAAGACCCCUGGGAGGGCGCCCAGGAGCCCGGGCGGCCGGCGAGGAGGGGCUCCGCAGCGCUGGCGGGCGAGAGAGCGUGGCGCGAGCAGCCGGAGCCCCGGGGAAAGGCCACCCGCGAGCCCUGCCUCUACCGCGAGGCCGUGUUCGGUGCGCUGGGCGCCCGCCAGGGCUCUGUCCCCGACCUUGCCUUCUACGGCAGCCGGCAGGCAGUGAUGGCCGCCAGCAGCUCCCUGCCGCCGCGGGACUUCUUCGGCGAGCCUGCCGCUGCAGCCAGGCCGCCCGGAGAGCCUCCGUACUUUAAAGGCCUCGGAGUGAGCCGGCCCGCGGCCAGCUACGGGGUGCUGGGCAGCAGAGUGGCCUGGGAUCAAGUGCCAGGCCGGUUUGCUGGCCUGCAGGACACGACGCACCUGUAUCGGGACCCUGGAGGUAAAAUGAUCCCUCCCGGCCAGUGGGCCCAGGGCGGGAACGCGCCUCCUGCGCGGUUCGGAGCGGAGCUGCCCGAUGCCAGGUAUGCGGCUGAGGCAGGUGCUUACCCCUCCAGUCCGCUCUACAAUGGCGGCGAGAGGCCCGGGGACCCCACCCACGCCAGGCCGUCGGCCCCCACGUGCCUAGUGGUGGACCCUAGUGCCGUGGCCGCCUCCGACGGCACCCCGGGAGCAGCCUCAGGCCCCCUGAAUCCCAGCUACGGCCCCUCCCGGGAGAGUGUCCCCCCAAAAAUGGCCUACGAGGACUACGAUGCGGUCCUGCCCCCGCGCCAGGGCCCCAGCGGCAAACGUGGCGUGCUCCCCGAGUUUCUGGCCCUGCUGCGGGCCGAGGGUGUGGCCGAGAGCACCCUGGACGCCCUGCUGCAGCAAGGCUUCGACUGCCCGGCCGUGCUGGCCACCCUGGAGGACGCCGACAUCCAGGCCGUGGCCCCCAACCUGGGGCAGGCGCGCGUCCUGAGCCGCCUGGCCACCAGCUGCCGCGUGGAGACCCAGCUGUGGCGGCAGGAACGCGCGUGCCCCCCGCCGCGGGCGCGCGCCAGCAGCUUCGGACGGCCCCGGGAACUGCUGCACGCCGACGUCGGGGCCCUGGGGCCCCUGCAGGCGGCACCCCCUCAGGGUGGAGACCUCACCCGGCGCCCCUCGAGCGCGCCCUCGCAGCACCUCCUGGAGACAGCGUCCACCUACUGUGCCCCCGCAGUGGGCGUCCACACACCCCACCCCAACUCCAACUCGGGGUACAGCUCGCCCAUCCCUUGCGGCCUGACGGCUCGCCAGGGGCCCACAUACUCCGCGCAGGCCGGGGUAGCCCUGACUAACUCGGGCACCUCCAGCCCCCUCCACCCGGGCCCCAGGACCGCCUACUCCACGGCCUACACGGUGCCCAUGGAGCUGCUGAAGCGGGAGCGCAGCGCAGCCGCGUCCCCCCUGCCCAGCCCCCACGGCAGCCCCCAGCUCCUGCGGAAGCCGGCGGUCCCCGCGGAACGCCACACUGCGCAGGCCCCCUUCCAGAAGGUGGCCCGCAGGACGGGCGCCCCCAUCGUCAUGUCGACCAUGCUCGCACCGGAACCAAGUAUCCGCCCCCAGAUCAUGAACGGCCCCCUGCACCCCCGGCCCCUGGUGGCACUGCUGGACGGCCGGGACUGCACCGUGGAGAUGCCCAUCCUGAAGGACCUCGCCACCGUGGCCUUCUGUGAUGCCCAGGCCACACAGGAGAUCCACGAGAAGGUGCUCAACGAAGCCGUCGGCGCCAUGAUGUACCACACCAUCACCCUGACCAGAGAAGACCUGGAGAAGUUCAAGGCCUUACGCGUCAUCGUGCGGAUAGGCAGCGGCUACGACAACGUGGACAUCAAGGCUGCCGGCGAGCUGGGCAUCGCCGUCUGCAACAUCCCUUCGGCCGCAGUGGAGGAGACAGCCGACUCCACCCUCUGCCACAUCCUCAACCUCUACCGACGGAACACGUGGCUGUACCAGGCACUGCGCGAGGGCACACGGGUCCAGAGCGUGGAGCAGAUCCGGGAGGUGGCCUCAGGCGCGGCCCGAAUCCGAGGGGAGACACUGGGCCUCAUCGGCUUCGGUCGCACGGGGCAGGCGGUCGCUGUUCGAGCCAAGGCCUUCGGCUUCAGCGUCAUCUUUUACGACCCCUACUUGCAGGACGGCAUUGAGCGGUCCCUGGGCGUGCAGCGGAUCUACACGCUGCAGGACCUGCUGUACCAGAGCGACUGCGUGUCCCUACAUUGUAACCUCAAUGAGCAUAACCACCACCUCAUCAACGACUUCACCAUCAAGCAGAUGAGACAAGGAGCCUUCCUGGUGAACGCAGCCCGAGGCGGGCUGGUGGACGAGAAAGCCUUAGCCCAAGCCCUCAAGGAAGGACGGAUACGAGGGGCUGCCCUUGACGUGCACGAAUCAGAGCCUUUCAGCUUUGCCCAGGGCCCGUUGAAAGAUGCCCCGAACCUCAUCUGCACACCCCACACGGCCUGGUACAGUGAGCAAGCCUCCCUGGAGAUGCGGGAGGCCGCUGCCACGGAGAUCCGCCGGGCCAUCACAGGUCGCAUCCCAGAAAGCCUAAGGAACUGUGUGAACAAGGAAUUCUUUGUCACAGCUGCUCCAUGGUCAGUCAUCGAUCAGCAAGCAAUUCAUCCGGAGCUCAACGGUGCCACAUACCGGUACCCACCGGGCAUCGUGGGCGUGGCCCCGGGAGGACUUCCUGCAGCUAUGGAAGGCAUCGUCCCCGGGGGCAUCCCCGUCACCCACAACCUCCCCACGGUGGCACACCCCUCCCAGGCUCCUUCUCCCAACCAGCCCACAAAACAUGGGGACAAUAGGGAGCACCCCAACGAGCAAUAGCAGAGGCCAGCGUUGCGCAGCUACACCUGGGACCAAGCAGUGCGCAGGAUGAGCCAAGGACGGGCAUCUUCUGACAUGACUCUGGAUAACACCCCAGCUGCGGCUGCCACCACCGCACUGACCGCGAGGCAAGCGGAGACCCGGGCGGGCGCCAUGACCGACCACCCAGCUUCUGUGCUCGUGUGCUCACCGUCUCAUCUGUACAUCCAGUCACAAGGACAGAGUAGAGCCUUUCCCUUUUCAGCCCCUGGGGCACAAGUGGUCCAGAGCACCUGGCUCUCGAAUGUUACAUCAGGAGUUUCCCCAAAAGGAAAAACCCACCCAACCCCACCAUGACUCUGGUCCCCUGCGGCUCCCUUUUGCUGAUAGGAUGACCACGUGGUCACACCGGGGCGGUCACGGCUUGCCUGUCACGACUGUGCCCAAGGACGGAAGACAGCACAGGCGCCCAUUCACAAGGGUCCCCGCCCCUGAACUGCAGACUGAGUGGGCACCAGCUCAGCAAACCCACCCCCAAUGAUGCAAAAAAAGAGAAAAAGAAAAAAAAGUAUUAAGUUUCACAAGCUGUUUGUACUCAAAUCUAUUUUCUCAGUUUCAGAUCCUCGGCUAUUUUAUGGAUGGAAAGUCUUGGACAGAGCGGGUCCAAGAGUACUGUUGCAUUUCCUUAUGUCUCAGGAAACCCUUUUUAUGGUCACUUGUCAGAUUGUCUAUGAACAAACCCACUUUUUUAGACAUUGAUAAAAUCUUCUUUUCUUCACGUGAUAUUUUAUACAAGAACAGAUGUGUUACUAGAUGUGACUGAUUUUAACAAAUCCUCUUAGAUUUGUAUCAACUAGCUACGUGUUAUAUUCAUAGUCUGUGACACAUCGCCUUUUUGUUGGAAAGAUGGCCUAUUUUGAGCCUGUGUAUAGGUACAUUCCUGUUUUUGUGACAAAAGAAAAACUUUAAAGCUGUCCCAAACAGAAUAAUGGCUAUCUGAAGUAUGUUUUGUUUUAGUGUGUGUUCCUGUUCCUGUAUUUGUUUAUUGUAAAGGUGAACAUUUAGCGUUCAGUGCAGUUUUCAAUAAAAAGUAAUAAAACAGA